ACCGGGCCAAGGCCUGGUUCAUGACACUUGCACCUGGCUCUCUCACUACAUGGACCGAGGUGUACUCGAAGUUCAUUGGGAGGUAUUACUCCCAUCAGAAGACUCAAGAGCUCCGGUCACAGAUCGUCUCAUUUGCUCAAUUACCGAACGAGUCUCUUCAUGAGGCUUGGGAGCGGUUCAAGGAUCUCCAACGGCAGUGCCCCCAUCACAACCUCUCACCGGGGCUACUCAUGAACUGUUUCUAUGAUUCCCUCCACCAGAACUUGCAGUAUAUGGUCGACAACGCGGCGGGAGGUGAUAUCGGAGCAAGGACAGCCGAGGAGAUGUUUGAGAUUUUUGAGACAAUGAGUACGAACUCGUCGCAGAAGAGCACGCGAGGCAAGAGGGCAGUAGUGAACGAGGUCGGUACAAGCAAUGAUACGGUGGCCCAACAGCUAGCUGAGCUUACUGAGCAGAUGAGGUUGCUUACCGCACGAAGUUCUCAGCCGGUUAAUACAUUCGCUGUUGAUACUUGUGGGGCGUGUGGAGUCCCAGGGCAUAGGUCCAAAGUAUGCCCCUCAUCUUUCGAGCAUGACCCCAGUGAGCAGUAUGCGGAUGCCAGUGCCUUACAAGGAUACCAGAAUCGGCCAGUCAAUGACCCAUAUUCCAACACGUGCAAUCCAGGAUGGCGGAACCACCCGCACUUCUCGUGGUCAAACAACUCCAACACCCUUCAGCCACCCCGUCCGAACUUCAUGCAGCAACAACCUCGACCCAGCUUU